UAAAUCACCUUAUGUUUUAUAUAUUUUGACUCUAACAAUUAAAAUGUCCUUUCAAAAAAUAUCGAAAUAUGUUAUUAGUAAAGAUUUUAGAAGUUAUCUUCUCAGUACGCAUUUUUGGGGACCGGUGGCAAAUUGGGGCCUACCAAUUGCAGCAAUUUUAGAUUUUAAAAAGAGUCCAGAGAUAAUUAGUAGCAAAAUGACUACUGCUUUAUGUAUGUAUUCAUUAAUGUUUAUGAGGUUUGCAUGGGUUGUGCAGCCCAGAAAUUAUUUACUUUUAGCAUGUCAUGCAACAAAUGAAGCUGUCCAACUUGUUCAAGGAUACCGAUUGAUUAGUUUCCGAUUUAUGGGCAAAAAAGAUUUAGCCUGAGCAAUAUAGACCAUUGAUACUAUUUAUUAGUCAAAACCUUAAUGAUGCCAAAAUUGACAUUCAUUUAAUCUCAAUUUAAUAAUCUAAAUUAUAUUUAAAGUGUAAUAUAAUAUAUUGCUAACUGUUACAAAUAAUAAUUGAUUCAUAUAUUUAUACAUAGAAAUCAAAAAUGGUAUUAAUUAAUUUGAUUUUUUUAAAAUUAUAUAACUAUUUACUUAAACCACCUGAUAAAAGAAUAUUAAAUUCUU